GUGUUGAAUUGCUGUAUAGUUCUGUGAAUUCUGAAUUAUGUGGUUCUGUAAGUGUUAAAUUGCCAUUUGGUUUUGUAAAUCCAAAGUAUAAUAAAUCCAAGUUAUAUGGUUCUGUAAAUGUUGAAUUAUUACUUGAUCUUGAGCUUGGUUCUGUGGAUAUUGAAUUGUUACCUAAUCUUGUGCUUGGUUCUGUUAAUGUUGAAUUGCUAUCUGAUCUUGUAUCUGGUUUUAUAAAUGUUAAAUUGCUGCCUUGUCUUGUAAAUCUAAAGUAUGAUAGUAUUUGGUCUGGUUUUGAGGAUUUUGAGCUGUCUGGUUUUAAGAACUUUGAGAUAAACAGUAAUUUGCCUAGUCCUAUAAAUUUUGGAUUGUCUAGUCUUGAAAAUUUCAAAAUAAACAAUAAUUUGCCUGGUCUUGCAAGUUCUAGAUCUGUUAGUAAUUUACUUAGUUUUGUGAAUUCUAAGUUCACUGGUAAUUUGCCUGAUUCCAAAAGUUCUGAGCUUGAUAUUAGUGUAAAUGCUAACAUCAAUUAA